AUGUCUGUCGCUCCAUCGUCUAGGACGUCUUCGACGUACGAGACUGUAGUGAUUUCCCUCGUUGCGUUUGGGUUGAUCGGUCUGGGCUCAUUAUCCUUGGUCAUACGGAAGAAGAGGCAGAGGGACUUUCUGGCCGGUGUAGAAGCUGGUCGGACCAUGAGGAUCCCGACUCGAUCCAAUAACGCUCGAUGGGUCCAGCUGUCGAACGGUCAAAUGGUGGAAAUGCAGAACAAUAGCUCGAUUGAGAAUCCCAAAGAAGGGUUCGUCGGACGACAGCCAGAGAUUUGGGAUUCAAAGCUGGAGACAGACGAUCUCGAGGAACCCGUGGACGAGAAGACGACGACGUUGUCAUCGAGCAUCGGCCUCACCUUGAGAGCUAAUUCUGUCGAUGGUUGGAAUCCCAUGUCUGUCGUUAUACCCGACUUCAAACUGCCUCAGCCCCGUACUCUGACCCCCAAUUCCAUGUCGACUCGUACGCCACAGCAAAACGGAACGACAGAAUCAGAUAUAGAGCUUAACCUUCUCCUUCUCAUGCCGGACGAAUCGACCCUGUCCAACCUACAAGACAUUCCACCUGGUCACGAUUUGGAUAUGGGAGAAAAAAUCCCACCCAUCAUGAUUGCUUCAACGAGGAUGCCGGUAUCGGUGACUGCUGCAGGUCAGGCUCAAUGGAACCGUAUUUGUAGGGAUAUCGAUAAGAGAGCACCGCCCAGGGUCGAUGCCUCUCGGCCAAGCGAAAUCAGGUACGAGCGGGCGGAUGGCUUUAGGCGAUGA